AUGUCGGACACAGCCGUUGUUACGCAGCAGGAGCAAGCCUCCGCCGAGCCACAAUAUGUCCACUUCCACUACGAUGGCAAAUGGGGCCACAAGCGUGAGGUGUUGCACGGCGACAAGAUGAAAAACACUUUCUCCAAAAUCCCAAUUGUGGAUGUGAGCGGCAUGUUUAGUGACAAGUUCGAGGACCGCAAGAAUGUCGCCGAGGAGAUCACCAAGGCAUGUGAGGAGGUUGGCUUCUUCUAUAUGAAGGGGCAUGGCGUGGAGCAGGAUCUUUUGGAUGAAACCUUCGCCGUAUCCAAGGAGUAUUUCUCAAUGCCAGUGGAAAACAAGAUGGAGCGGUGGAUCUACACUAACCGAGACCUGAGAGGGUAUGAGCCUGUCCAUGGAGCAAACCUCGAUGCCACCAAGCCGAGGGGAGAUCGUAAAGAGUCGUUUCUAUGGGGCUAUGAUCCUGAGUACGAUGUCGUGAAACCGACACUUACGGACGAACAGAAAGCCUUGUUAAACACCAAUUGCUGGCCCGAGGACUGGCCGGAAUUCAAGCAACAGAUGAUGAAAUACCACACGAGAUUUCUGAUUCUCGCUCGUCAGCUGGCCCGCUGCUUCGCGCUGGGCCUGGGUUGCGAGGAAACAGCGCUCGACCACCUGUUGACAGCACCAAACACAUCCCAGAAGAUCUUGCACUAUCCGCCGCAAGAUCCAACCGUCAAGGAUGACACUGGCAUUGGUGCUCACACUGACUUUUGUCUCUUCACAAUCCUCAACCAGGAUACCAGUGGCGGUCUGGAGGUUCUGAACGCAAAUGCUCACUGGGUCCCUGCAACACCGAUCCAAGGCACCUUUGUGGUUAAUGUGGGAGAUUUCCUGAUGCGUCUCAGCAACAAUCGCCUGGUCUCGACAGUGCAUCGCGUGAUAAAUGAGACUGGAGCGGCUCGCUACUCCAUUCCCUUUUUCAUCAGCCCCAACGCUGACGCGGUCCUCGAAUGCCUUCCGACUUGCGUUUCCAUCGAGAGACCUAUACAAUAUGAGCCACUUGCUCUUGGACCGUACCACCAACAUCGUUACCAGUUGCUGCGUGACCAGUUCAAGGCGAGACAGCUUGCAAAGUAG